AUGAGACACUCCUCAGUUUUUGGAUUAGCGCUUUUCUUCUCAUUUUCCGUUACAUCUUCAUCUUUUCCACAACCACCAUUCUCUUCAAACCCUAACACAAAAACCACUCCCUCUGAGCUAUUAUCCCUUCUCGGUCCCACACCUCACUCCAAACCCGUCAAUCCCGUCAUAGCACGCAAACUCAUUUCAUGCCUCAAAUUUCUCGUCCCGUUUUCCCCAACCGUUACCGAUUCUCUCCGUCAUCGGAAAUUACUCCGGACCGAACUCAUUGGACCAAAUCGGAGACGCGAGAAUGAUAUGAUUUGGUGGCCGCCGGAAUCCGUUUUGGAACUUGCUCGCAUCGCCGUCGAUUCCGGUGGGGAUCCUGACGCCGUUCACCGCCUUCUUGAUCCGACCGUCAUCCCAGUACCUAGUGUUGAGGGAUCAAACAAAAACCGAUGUCAGCUCACUAGAACUCCAUAUGGCAGGCGCUUCAUUUCCGAGGAACUGAACAUGUAUAUGCAAUUUUUGUUUGAACUCAUUGUUGAUCGGGGUCCUUCUGUUGGGUUUGAUGUUGCCUUGAGCAGAUUUGAUCUAUUCCACGGUCAUCUUUUUCUAACCAGAGACUCUGGAAGACUUGGUAUCUUAUUCCAUGCAAGAGAAUUCCCGGCAUAUAAUAAACAAGUGUUUCCAUACAAUAUGGGCUAUUGCCAGAUAGGUUCCAAUGUGACAUAUGAUGAUUCAAUGAACUUGCGAAAUAUUCUCUGGUUGGCUCCUUUGCCUGACCGUUCCACUAAAUCUUGGGUGGCACCAGGGGUUCUGGUAGUGCUGGAUGCUAAUCCUAAUGGAAUCAUAUACAGAGAUCUUAUACCAGAUUAUGUAAAAGUUGCAAGGACUAUAUAUGAAGAUGAUUUCGGAGAGGUUGCUGUUGAUGUGAACAUCUUGAAUGUGGGUUCUCAGAGUCAAAAUUAUCAAUUAUUCAUAUGCUGA